UCAUGGUGGCAGAUCUGCCUUCUGGCAGGAGGGUCUCGACCUGCCAGCACCCAGCACUCGGCUUUACCUGGCAGCGCGCGCGCGCGGCCGUUUAGUGUCUCCGAAGUCGCGCACUACGAUGGAUCGGGGAGCCGGUAGCGCGUGGUGAACGCUGCAAGAGGUGCCCGAAAACACCUCUCGAAGGAAGAACUCGUCGCGCGUAAUAUCGUAUACGACUCGGUAGAAUCGCGCGAAAUAUUAUUUCGCGGCCAGCCAUAUUUCGCCGAGAAUUCUGCGACGAGGUGGAGAGGAGGCGCUGAGCGGUCCCAGGAGAGACGAUACGAUCGAUCCGUCAAAAGUCGUAACAGCGAUAGAAGUCUCGGCAUCCGCGAGAUCGCCCGCCUGCUGACGAUGGCAGAGAUGUAUUGCUCGUGACGUCACGGAAUUCCUCUUCGGUGCUGGAGCGAGUGGCCCGCGAGCACUUGUCAUCGUGCCUUCUCGUUGCGGAUAGCUGAUAUAUAUAUAUUUAUAUAUAUAUAUAUCUCUCUCUUUCUUUCUCGACAAGCGAGAGAAGAGAUAACGAAGCAAGUAAAGAGAGGAGGAACACGUUGGGUGCGAGAGAAGAGUGCGGAGGAAGAUAAAAGGAGAGAGAGAGAGAGUGAGACGGAAGAAGAGUCUCUCUCUCUCACGGAGAAGAGAGGAGUAGAGAGAACGUGGGCGUUGAGUGAUUGUUGUCGGUGCUAGUUUCCAUCGGGAGUCAUGAGGGACACGAGCGAAAUGAUGGAGGACGCCUUGUCAGAGGACACGAUGAUGGAUUGCGGAGGAGAUGGUGGAGGAUUGGAGGAUUUUGUUGAUCUAGCUACCGACAUUACGGAUAAUUCCCCUACAAUACGAGAUGCCGCCGAGAGGUUACUGACGUUGUUAGGCAUGGACGAAGACGACGACGAGGAUCUCCUGUCAUCAUCGGAAGACGAAGGCGUCGAGGUGGACAUCGACGAGCUCGAGGACGAUGACGAGCAGACGGAGAAUACCAAGUUACUUCAUCAGCUCGCCGCCUCGCUCGCCCAGGAACUCAAGUACUCUCAGAAACAGUCUUCAGCCCCUAACAAUAGAGCUGUGCAUCCAGACUCGACUCAUAGCGUGGAAAUGAUACUACAGAAUACGAGUUAUCUCGGCCGUGGUUGCCUUCAGAAUCAAGUGGAAACGUCUCUUCAUCAAAGCAACAUCGAUCGCGAACAUUUUUUCGACGAGCAGAACGCAAACUUUACAAAGUUCAGAAACUUUGGAAACUUUCGUCAUGAUCGCCAGGGGCUACACAGUCGAUCCUUCGAUUUUACCAGCCUCGAUCGUCGCCGGUGGACAGAUGAUCCGGGAGUUACGCAGGCGGUGAGGACUUUCGGCAGCCAACAGGAGCAGGAUCCAAGCUCCUGGGCGACCGGAUGGGACGCUUGCGCCACAGAGGCCCUACGAUAUCUCGUCGAGGACGAGGGGCUGCCGCCUCAUCAUCCCACGGUCGUUGCCAUGAAGAAUCACCUGGAUCUGCAGAGGGAGAGGGCGUCCGCUCAUUAUACUGAAUAUACGGAGACCAAGUCGCAAGACAUGAAUCUGGUUCUGGAUUGAUGGAGGUUCCAGGAUUAAGGCGGUGAGCGAUUAAAGUUAUUUCUCCUGCAGCGCGUCUCUUCGGAGAAACUUUCGAGAGCGAGAAAUCUGGGAGAAAUUAAUCUUGUUAUUUAAAUAAAGAGCGAGAGCAUAAAGACGGUGUGUUGUGAGGUCGUUUGUGCAAGGCUGCUUGCUUUCUUAUUUUUUUCUUCUUUGAAGAAGAAGAAUUGUAAUUUUUUUUUCGAGUCACGGUUUUUUAUUUAUAAUAUCAUAAUUAAAUAAUGCGAUAUUAUUAUUAUCUCUCUUUUUCUUUGUUUUUCCUCUCGAUUUUUGCUAUUUUCUUACGCUGCUGAGGCACAAUCGAAUAGAUAUCGCUCGAUAUAUUCAUUACUUUUGUCGAAACAGUGCAUUGAUUAUUAAACAUUCAUCUUGAAUGAAGCUCUCAAUUUAAUGUCAAUGUAACCGAACAUUGAUCUUAUUUUUAUAGUUUUGAGUGAACGCGAUCAUACGCUGGAUCGAUAUGAGCGCGUUCGUUUUUCAUUAAGAACAAAGUUUGACAAUGAAUAUCUUAAUCAAAAAUUAAGAUAUAUCCUCCUUUUUCAAACAAGCAGUUAAUUGCUCUCUGGAAACGUCAAGAUAGUUUCCGGCGUCAUUAAGAGAAAAAAUUUCUAUAUUCAAUUAGGAUUAUUGUGAACUGUAGAAAAACGUCCGGUGAAUCAGAACUAGGACUAUUCUUAGAACAAAUUCUUAGAUUAGUCUACUCUGUAAGUAAAAAGAGCGAGAUCGAAAGAGUUGAAAUACGAUGAGCAGGAUAACAGAAAACAGAGGAAAAUAUUUAAACUCGAUAUGAGAAAGAUAUGAGAUUAGCGUCAAUGAUUUCCGAAUAUUGUAAAAUAUUCUCGAUUAUCCGAAACAAUUUUUAUGGAAAAAUAACAUUUAUAAAAAUAACAAAAACUACAAUUUCAUAAAUUAUAUUUGUGCGAAUAAUUUUUUUUUAAUAAUUCAGGAAAACGAUUUUUUUUGUAAAUUGCUGCAUUUUGUCAGCAAUUAUGCGCAAAACAAUUUUUAGAUAAAUCGUACAUGAAAAUAUUAAUAUGUCGAUAAUAGGAAAGAGAGAAACAUUUUAAUACCGAAAAAAUGUUGUACAUAAUCCGUAUAAGAGGCGAAAGAUAACGAGAACUCAUUGUCAGAGAUUAGAUAGGAACUUAUUCGGUCGUAGAUCAACGAAUCAUUACUAGAAGAGAUGUAAAAAAACCAUUUUCUUUUUAUAAAUUUUUCUAUAAUAGAAAAAAAAUAGUUGAUAAAAAGUAUGUUUUUUUUCAUGAAAAACAAAUUUUGUUUUUUUUUUUAAUUAUUCUUUUAAAUAUAUUAUUUUUUAAAUAUUUUUUUAUUAGCUUCUUUUAUUAAAAUUUAAUAAAAGAAAAGAAACUAAAGUUUUUAUAUUUUUAAUUAAUUUUUUUUCAAAAUAAUUUUAAUGGAUUAAUGAGUCUUUUGCGGCAAAUUACAUCAAACUCAACAUUCGGAUAAUUUUCAAUUAGAUGUACAAUAAAAAUUUUUAUUAAUUAAAAAUAAUAAUUACAUAAUUAUAUAGGCAAUUGGAAUACGAGCUACAUUUAAAAUAAUAAUGAUUAAUUCAAAUAUAUUGUCAAAAAAAUUAAAAAUAAUAAAAAAUCAAUUUGUUGUAAUCAAACUAUGAAGACAUUAAAUAUCUAAAAAAAAACAUAAUUUAAAAAAAACGAAGCUUGUCGUUUUUUUUCAUUAAAAAGUCAUUUUUAUGGGAAAAAAACUUUUUUUUACAUUUACAUCUCUAACUAGAAGUUUGCAAAAUUUCAUUCUGAGCUCUUCUCGAUAAUGUUUCUCAUUGACGUGGUUCUUCGAUAACCAGCCCAUAAUAAAAUAGAAGGAAAGCUGUUCGAAUUAAAUGCCGUAGACGCGAAGGCUCAAUGUGAAAUUGUCCAAACUUUCAUAUUUUGAUCGUUACUUAGAUCGAACGAUCAUCGUUGCUCAUACGACAAAUUGAUCGGAAUCGAUCCGCGGAUUGGAUCGAUCUGGCAUUAAAAAAAAAAAAAAAAUUAAAAAAAAAGAAGAAAAGUGGAAAAGCUAUGAUAAAUGAAACAAGAUAAAUAAAACUGAUCUUGCCAGUGACUCAAGAUCGAUGAUCGACCUCGAUCGUGUGUCACUUGUCGUAGUCUUUAUAUCAUAAUCGAUCGCGCGGAAAAACUCGAGAUAUGUAUGACCAUGAAGCAAAUUGUGGAGAAUUUUUUAAGAGUUCUUUUUCUUUUUUUUCCUUUUUACGGGAAAUAAUCGACGUUCCUCUCACGCGAUUGAUCAUAUCGAGCAGUAAUCUGUAAAUAUGUAUGAUAUCGUUUUAACUUAUACACGACUAUUGUUACUUUUACAAUAAAUCACUGUAGAUAACACUGACCAGUAAAUAAACAACCGCUAAGUUAAUUAA